AUGGCGCGAAGUCCUGUUCUGGCUGCAAUGUUUUCUCAUGACAUGAUUGAGAAAAAAGAAAACAAAAUAUCAAUACCAGACAUUGCUCCAGUGAUCGUCGAAAAGGUCUUAAAGUAUAUCUACACUGAUCAAUUAACUGGUCUUGAUGCAUAUGCUGAACAUUUAUUAGAAGCCGCAGACAAAUAUCAGAUACGAUCUCUUAAAGAAAUGGGCCAAGAAUCUCUUAGUAAAACUUUAACUGCUGACAAUGUAUUCAAAAUAAUGACUUUAGUUGAUCGUUACAGCGCCAAACAUCUAUUGGAGUUUACAAAUAAGUUUAUGGAAUCAAAUACCAAAAAGAUUAUCGGGACUCAAAACUUCAAAGAAUUUAAAAAAUCAAAUCCUCCUUUAGCAUUUGAAUUACUGGAAAAACUCGCAUUCUUCAAGUAG